UAAACAGAAAAAUACAGCAAUUUUUCAUCAUUUCAAGUCGGACGAGGUAGAAAAGCUCAACCUCAUCAACGAUUAAAGACAAUUAGAGUGGAUUCUAGGGUCUUUAAAACGAGAGAGCGAGUGUUGGCCCUCACAGUUGUUUUCAAGAGUUUCUCGCCGUGAUCUUUAUGCGAGGACCGCGACGGGAGGAGAGACGCGGGGCUGACAGACAGAGAGAGGCAGGUGGAGAUCAUUGUGUCUUCUUGGGUCUGUGCUCAUCGUCGCUGUUGAGAUCUCAUUGUCUGGUCCUCUGGUCCACAACAGGGAUAUAAACUGCAUCAGGAGGCAUCUUCCACUGCUUUGUACCUUACCACAUAGUUGUCCAUCAGGCUGUAUCAUGGAGGCCAUUGCCAAGUAUGAUUUCAAAGCAACUGCAGAUGAUGAGCUGAGUUUUAAACGUGGGGAAGUAUUGAAGGUAUUAAAUGAAGAGUGCGAUCAGAACUGGUAUAAGGCAGAAUUAAACGGCAAAGAUGGUUUCAUUCCUAAAAACUACAUCGAGAUGAAGGCGCAUCCGUGGUUCUUCGGGAGAAUCCCCAGGGCCAGAGCGGAGGAGAUCCUAAACAAACAGAGGCACGACGGAGCCUUCCUCAUUAGAGAGAGCGAGAGCGCGCCUGGAGACUUCUCCCUUUCCGUCAAGUAUGUUGACACACAUUAAAUCCACCUCUCCUUAUUCCCAGAAUAACUGCUGUAUGCACGGCAGGCUUCAUCAAGUCAGAGUCCUCACCUGCCCAAGAUCCAGCUCGUGAGGCGUUCACAUAG